GUUUUGGCGACUCGUAUUGUGGCAGUGAAGGCGUCGCUCUGUAAACUCUCCACGGCGACGGCAGCUCGAGCCUGUGACUUCCACGCCAAACUGCUGCUGAUGGCGAUCAGCUCGACACUGAAGUCUCUGCUGCGACCGCACGUCCUCAACACGCCAGACAAGAGCCCCGGAGACCGCCUGACGGAAAUCUGUGCCAAGAACACCGACCCUGAUAUUGAUAAGGUGAUGAUCAACCUGAAAACGGAGGAGUUUGUGUUGGACGGCCCCCCCCUUCAGUCGCUGCAGCAGCUCAUCCAGUGGGUGGGAGACUUCGUCCUCUACCUGCUCGCCAACCUACCCAACCAAGGCUCCAUUGUCCGGCCCGGGUUCGGCUUCAUGAGGGACGGGGUGUCUCUGGGGAUGCUGAGGGAGAUGUUGGUGAUGAUCAGGAUCUGGGGUCUUUUGAAACCCGGGUGUCUGCCCACAUUCACCGCCACGUCUGACAACCAGGACAGCAUGCAGCUGCUGUUCCGACUGCUCACCAAGCUAUGGCUCUGCUCUCGGGACGACGGCCCCCCCCAGGACCCUGACGAGACGUUGAUAGACGAGUGCUGCCUGCUGCCCAGUCAGCUGCUGGUGCCCGGGAUGGACUGGCUGCCGGUGAACGACGGCGUCAUCGUGAGGCUGCAGGCAAAACACCCGCUCAGACUGCAGUUUGGAAAAGCUUCGUCUCUGCCCGGGGGAGGAGGCACGGCUCCUCUGGAGGUGUUCACCAGGAGUCCUGGUCCUCAGAAGAUGGAUCACCUCCGCUGUGUUCAUAUGGGAGUUUGUCCCACGGAGGAGAGUAAAGCCUGCACCAGGUGAGUCUACAGGAAAUUAAGUCACAG